AUGUCGGGAGUGCUGGCACGCUUGGGCCUUUGUGCUGUGCUCCUGCUGCAGGGCUCUGGGGUUGCCCGCGCGGAUGUGAAGAGCACCAACAUCAAGCUUCACGAGGGCCUCCCCCGCGAGGAGAAGUGGAAGUCGAACGGCCACAAGGGCAUCACGCUCUGGAUGACGGGCCUCUCCGGCAGCGGCAAGAGCACCAUCAGCGUCGCCCUGGAGCGCGCGCUCGUCGAGGCGCAGUCCAAGAGCUACUUCGUGUACCGCCUGGAUGGUGACAACCUGCGGUUCGGGCUGAACAGGGAUCUGGGCUUCAGCCCCAGCGACCGCAAAGAGAACGUCCGACGCGUCUCGGAGGUGUCCAAGCUCUUCGCAGAGGCCGGGGCCAUCGUCGUCGCCGGGCUCAUCUCGCCCUACGCCGCAGACCGCGACUACGCGCGCGAGGUCCACCAGAACGCCUCUCUGCCCUUCAUGGAGGUCUUCGUGGAUGCACCCCUCGCAGCCGUCGAGACUCGAGAUCCGAAGGGCCUCUACAAGAAGGCCCGCGAGGGCAAGAUCAAAGGCUUCACAGGCCUUGACGCUCCCUACGAGAAGCCUGUGAACGCGGAGGUGCACGUCAGAACUGACCAGCUUACAGUGGCUCAGUGCGUGAAUGUGAUCUUGAAGAAGCUUGACGACUACGGCAUCCAUCUGCAGCAGACCUUCAGGAAGUUGGAUGAGUCGUCGGGCGACUGUGUGGCCGUGAAGGAGCAGUAG